AUGGACGGCUCUGGAACUAUGACUAUGUCCACAGCUACAAAUUCUGGCAACGGUGGUGGACUAGCUAAAAAUUGCAGUGCUGGGCCUGGUACAGGGGGAUCGGCCAGCUUCGAAGAUUGGCUGUUCCCGGAAACGGGCGACGCACGGCUGGCGGGCGAGUACGAGUCCAUGGCGAGCGCGGGCGCGGGCGCGGGUGCGCCGUGGGGAGCGACGUCGUCGUGCACGAACGCGGUGACGGACUCGUCGACAGCGACCUCGUCGGCGGGCUCGCCGCUGGACCAGUUUUCCACAUUGUUCGACAGCGGUGUCGGGCCCGCCGGAGGGCUCGCGGCUGGCGACAACGGCGUCGGCAGUGGCGCGGACUCGGACGCGCUCGUCACGGCCAGCAACUCGGUGUCGGGCUCGCCGUCGUUCGUUAAACGCGAGGACGCUGCAGGUGUGUGCGGCGCGCAGCAGUUGCCACUGGCGACGCUAGACGGGUUCGCAGACCUUGAGCAGGCCGUCGGCCUGGGCAACGAGAGCGCGAACAAUGGCAAUGCGCCCGGUAACGCCGGCAACCAUGCAGGCAGUCUGGCGGCUGCAGCCGCGCGCAAACGGCGCGCGCCUCGCAAGCGGCUGACGGCGCACCAGAAAGAGGCCCACAACAAGAUCGAAAAGCGGUACCGCAUCAACAUCAACACCAAGAUCUCGAAGCUGCAGCAGAUCAUACCGUGGGUCGCGUCGGAAGAAACUGCGUUCGAGGUUGGCGAGGGCAAGGCGGGCGGCGCGGCAGGCGCUGCGUCGGCGACGGGCUCGUCAAGUUCGUGCAAUUCCGGCUCGGAGGCCACCUGUUGCUCGUCGGACGCCGCCACAGCGGUCGCGGUGCGUCUCACGGACGCUGCGACGCCCAAGCUCAACAAGAGCAUGAUCCUGGAAAAGGCAGUAGACUAUAUUCUGUAUUUGCAGAACAACGAGCGUCUGUACGAAAUGGAGGUGCAGCGACUCAAACGGGAAUUGGAGCGCGAGCGCAGCAAGUAG